GUUGCAGAUAUUACUGGUUUUCCUCUAAUUUUUCGAAGUGACAUCCCAGUGGAUUACACAGCAGCCAUAGUGGUGAAUCCUGUUAAAUUUAUUGUAGCAGAAAGAAAAUUAAAAUCUGAUUGGAAAACUGUUAUUCGACCUUUUGGUCUUCAGCUUUGGAUUGCCCUGGGAGUUUCGAUGGUGCUUCUUGGAAUCAUCUUACCGAAGUUAAUAAACUAUGGACAAAAUAUAAAGAAAACCAGAAACUUUUGGACAAUACAGAGAGCUAUGUUGUUCCUGAUUGCAUCAUGUUCCAUGCAAGGAACUAAUUUGAGCGAUACAACAGGUUGUUCUUCAAGAUUAUCUAUCGGAGUUUGCCUCUUUUCAACCUCUGUAUUAGGAUUUGGUUAUGCUGGAACAUUAAUUUCGUUUCUGACUACACCUUGUUAUGAACCGGCUCCAAAAACCAUAAAUGAAUUAGCCACUGCCGUGAAACUCGGAGAAUAUUUCUGUGGUACAUUUUCACGGAGUGCAAUUUCCUCAUAUUUAAAAGGGAAAAAAUCAACUGAUACAGAAAUAUUAAUAGACUACAUGGAGAGAAAUCCUGAUAAGUUAACUCGAUAUGCAUCAGUUAUAGCUUCAAAAAUGAAAAAUGAACGUUACGCUUUCAUUUCGCCAGAGAUAUUUUCAAGAGGAAGAAUUAUGCCGUUAUUUCAAGGCAAAUUGUCACUGAGUGUAGAUAAUUUUAAGACCAUUCUAUCAGGAUAUUUGCUAAGAAAAGAUUUUCCAUACAAAAGAACAACUAAGAAAAUCAUAACUCGUUUAUUUGAGGUUGGAAUAGUACAACGUAUAAUAAGAAAAGAGUGUUAUAGUCAGCAUGAAGAUAAGGAUAAAGUUCACCCUUUAAAGUUAGAAGAACUUGCAGGAAGUUUCGUUGUUCUUGUUAUUGGAUAUAUAUUAUCUUUUCUUUCCUUUAUUGGCGAAUUGAUAACUGGAUAUUACGCUAAGUCAAAAAGAUUUUAA